AUGGCUAGCUGGGUGUUAUCAGAAUGUGGCUUAAAGCCUCUCUCUCCAGUUUUUCCUAGACCCAGAACUGGAACCAUCAACCCUUCAAAGCCAAGAUUUUUAUACACAAACAGGAGUCUCGCAGAUCUAAAAAGACUCCCUUUUGAUAAGUUUUCAAGUGGGUGUUUUAGGGAGAGAAAUUGGGGGCUUAAAGUGAGUGCUCCAUAUAGAGUUGUAUCAUUAGAUGGUGAGGAAGAUAAUAAAGUUAAUGGCUUCAAUGGGGUUGGAGGAGAAGAGGAAAUAGAAUUUGAUCCUGCCUCACCUCCUCCUUUUAAGUUGUCUGAUAUUAGAGCUGCUAUACCGAAGCAUUGCUGGGUUAAAGAUCCUUGGAAGUCAAUGAGUUAUGUUGUCAGGGAUGUUGCUGUGGUUUUUGGUUUAGCUGCAGCUGCUGCUUAUUUUAACAAUUGGGUUGUUUGGCCUUUGUAUUGGGCUGCUCAAGGGACAAUGUUUUGGGCAGUUUUUGUUCUUGGACAUGACUGUGGCCAUGGGAGUUUUUCCAAUAACAAUAAGCUAAAUAGCGUGCUGGGGCAUAUUCUGCAUUCUUCAAUUCUUGUACCUUACCAUGGAUGGAGAAUUAGCCACAGGACUCAUCACCAAAACCAUGGACAUGUUGAGAAUGAUGAAUCAUGGCAUCCGCUGUCUGAGAAAGUAUAUAAAAGUUUGGACGGCGUUACAAAAAAGCUACGAUUCACUGUGCCAUUCCCCUUGCUGGCUUACCCCAUUUAUCUUUUGAGUAGGAGUCCUGGAAAAUCUGGUUCGCACUUCAACCCGAACAGUGCUUUGUUCCUCCCAAGUGAGAGAAAAGAUGUGAUCACUUCCACCUUAUGCUGGACUGCCAUGGCAGCUUUGCUUGUUGGCUUGUCUUUUGCAAUGGGUCCUAUUCAACUGCUUAAACUCUAUGGAGUUCCAUAUGUGGGAUUCGUUAUGUGGCUGGAUUUAGUGACUUACCUGCACCACCAUGGUCAUGAAGACAAACUUCCUUGGUAUCGUGGAAAGGAAUGGAGUUAUUUGAGGGGAGGCCUUACGACUGUUGAUAACGACUAUGGAUGGAUUAACAACAUCCAUCAUGAUAUAGGAACCCAUGUCAUUCACCAUCUCUUUCCUCAAAUCCCACACUAUCACUUAAUUGAAGCAACUGAGGCGGCUAAACCAGUGCUUGGGAAAUAUUACCGAGAGCCGAAGAAGUCAGGCCUUCUACCCUUUCAUCUAAUUGGAAAUUUGAUAAGAAGCAUGAAAAAAGACCACUAUGUUAGCGACACCGGGGAUGUUGUUUACUAUGAGACUGACCCUCAACUUAGAGGCUCAUCUUCGGAGUAA